CCUUUCCUUUAAGGCGCCUGUCUCACCUGUAGGCGCCCUUCCCUCCUCACCUGGCUCAGGUGGCAGGCGACGGGGAAGAGGAAGAGGAGGAAGUUGCCAGCGUCGCCGCCGCCGCGAUGUCCGCCUCGGCCGUCUUUAUCCUUGACCUGAAAGGCAAGCCACUGAUCAGCCGCAACUACAAAGGAGAUGUGAGCAUGUCGGAAAUCGACUACUUCAUGCCACUUCUGAUGCAGAAGGAGGAGGAAAGUGCCUUGACGCCGCUCCUGUCCCGAGGAAAGAUUCACUUCCUUUGGAUCAAACAUAGCAACCUUUACUUGGUAGCCCUCACCAUGAAGAAUGCCAAUGCCUCACUUGUAUAUUCUUUUCUCUACAAAGUGGUUGAGGUCUUUUCAGAAUACUUUAAAGAACUAGAGGAAGAGAGCAUUCGUGACAAUUUUGUCAUUGUAUAUGAACUACUGGAUGAGCUGAUGGACUUCGGGUUUCCCCAGACGACAGACAGCAAAAUUUUGCAAGAGUACAUCACUCAACAAGGCAACAAGCUAGAUACAGGGAAAUCUCGUGUUCCAGCCACUGUCACUAAUGCCGUCUCCUGGAGAUCAGAGGGCAUCAAAUACAAAAAGAACGAAGUCUUCAUUGAUGUCAUUGAAUCCGUCAAUUUGCUGGUGAAUGCCAAUGGAAGUGUCCUAUUAAGUGAGAUUGUGGGCUCCAUCAAGCUUAAAGUGUUCCUCUCGGGCAUGCCAGAGUUGCGCCUGGGCCUCAACGACCGGGUGCUCUUUGAACUCACAGGACGUGGAAAAAAUAAAUCGGUGGAGCUGGAGGAUGUGAAGUUUCACCAGUGUGUGAGACUGUCACGGUUUGACAAUGACCGCACCAUUUCCUUCAUUCCCCCUGAUGGAGAUUUCGAACUCAUGUCUUAUCGACUGAAUACCCAAGUGAAACCUCUCAUCUGGAUUGAGUCUGUCAUCGAGAAAUUCUCUCACAGCCGAGUGGAGAUCAUGGUUAAGGCAAAGGGCCAGUUCAAGAAGCAAUCGGUGGCCAAUGGUGUGGAGAUCUGUGUUCCUGUCCCCAGUGACGCUGACUCACCCAAGUUCAAGACUAGCAUUGGGAGUGCAAAAUACCUGCCUGAAAAGGAUGUGGUCAUCUGGAGCAUCAAAUCCUUCCCGGGUGGCAAGGAGUACUUGAUGCGAGCUCACUUUGGGCUGCCCAGUGUUGAGAACGAGGAGCUGGAGGGCCGGCCCCCAAUCUCCGUCCGGUUUGAAAUCCCCUACUUCACAGUCUCAGGGAUCCAGGUCCGAUACAUGAAGAUAAUUGAGAAGAGUGGGUACCAGGCUCUACCAUGGGUCCGAUACAUCACCCAGAGUGGGGAUUAUCAGCUCCGGACCCAUUAGUCUUGUGCCUCUGCAGUAUCAGGAUCCAGCCUUAUUCAGAUUGAAGUGAUUGGGAUGCCUAUUAAUCUUGGCUCUCACUGAAGCUCUGUUUGUGUGUGUAUUUGUGUGUAUGUACUUCUUAUCUUAUAAUGCCACCCCAUUCCCCCUCCAUCCAAUGUCAACUUGAUCUGGACUGCCCUUCCCAGUACCUGAAGGAAGAAUCAUGUCCUCUAACUUGUUGCCCUUGGUGGCGUUUGCAUGGCUGCCCAACCUGUACGGUGGUGGGCCUUCCAUUGGUGAAAAUGUCUGUAAGGCACUGCCAUAUAAUCCAGAUUAUCAAAGCAGACAAUCCAUAUAAUCUGCUUUGAACUGGAUUAUAUGAGUCUAUGCUGCCAUAUAAUCCAAAGCAGAUAAUCUUGAUUUUAUACAGCUGUGUAGAAGGGGCCUAAGACUGCACUCUGAAAAAACUCUGAAACAGCACAACUCCCCAGCCUUCCACCUGAGGGUUUUCAUAGACAAUGAGCUGCCUAUGUCCAUCUGGUGCUGGAAAAGAGGAGCAACACCCACAUGAAAACGGGAAUGAAAGACAUAGGUUUGAACCUCAAUUUGGAUAAAACGUUUUUGAGUUGUUGUGACCAAGCUCCUUCUCCCCCCCCCCCCCCCCCGCCCCACCAUCGCUCAGUUCCCCAUUUGUAAAGUGAGAAUGGCAGAUGACUACCUCUUGUUACAAAGGGGAGUGACAAAAAGUUACUACUUCCCUGUGCCUUUAGACCACAAUGAGCUAUAAAUGUAAGAGAAAUAAAUUAAUACUUUUCAAUGA